AUGUACAUUCCUACUAUUUACCGAUUCUUGCUCCCAGCUCUCUCUAUCUUCUCCGCUCCCAAACCACUGGAGAACUCUCUUGAUGAAUCGAGCCUGCAAUCCUCGGUUCAGGUACCCACCACCUACGACAUAUGUCCUAGAAUGACCGUCCGUUGCGUCAAGGAUGGUAACUGGCCUAGCGGGAUCAUCGGGAAUAUUGGGAAGAAAGAUUUCUGCCGGGAGGGUAUUCGUUGUAAUCAAUGCGAUAUUGGAGCCAACACCGAAGAGUGUAAUUUCGUGUUUCCUGAAUGUGACAACGUAUGCGAAGCUUUCGCGCCUAUCCCCUUCUAA